AUGAGCUCAGCAGCUGAACAGUGGCCUGGACAGUGCAAGGCCCUGCUGUACAGCAACAAGAGCAUGGCGGAGAUGUCAUCUCUGAGAGGUCAAGCUCGUUCAGGGUUCCUCUUGCAAAGCAGAGGCUCUGCUGGGAGCCUGGAGCCUGUGCCUCCCACUCUAACUCCUGUCAUUGGUUACCUUGGGCAUUUGGUUACUGUGACGAUAAAGAUGGCAGUGCUCCCAGAUAUGACUGACUACUGUGUCUCAAUGCAAAAGGACAGAUUACCUCCUGGCACUACCCCUAUUUUCUCAGCUUGGAGGAAAAUCCUCAACCUGGAGUUUGCUUCACAAGUGGCAGUGCCGGCCACCGAUAAAACCUGCCUUUCACCUAAACUGCUGCAGCAACCCUCUUCAGACUAUGGACAACAGGACACUGGGGCACCAACUGCCUCAAGUUGCCUAAGUCAAAGUAACCUAUUAAGAACUGAGAGGCCGGGCCCCUCUCCAUUUCCACACAGGGACCGGGACCGGGACCGUGAGCGGGAGCGCAGAGAAAGAAGCCGAGAGCGAGACAAGGAGAGAGAACGGAGACGCUCCCGCUCUCGGGACCGGAGGAGGCGCUCCCGGAGUCGAGACAAGGAUGAGCGGCGCAGAUCCAGAGAGAGGAGCAAGGACAAGGACCGAGACAGAAAGCGCCGAAGUAGUCGGAGCCGAGAGCGAGCACGCAGGGAGCGGGAGCGAAAAGAGGAGCUUCGAGGUGGUGGCGGCGGCGGCGGUGGUGGUGGUGGUGGCGGUGGUGGUGGCGACAUGGCUGAACCCUCUGAAGCUGGUGAUGCCGCUCCUGAUGAUGGGCCUCCUGGAGAGCUUGGCCCCGAUGGCCCUGAUGGCCCAGAGGAGAAGGGCCGGGAUCGAGACCGGGAGCGACGUAGGAGCCACCGAAGUGAGAGGGAACGUCGCCGGGACCGAGACCGUGAUAGGGAUCGAGAGCACAAACGGGGGGAGCGGGGCAGUGAGCGGGGCAGGGAUGAGGCUCGGGGUGGGGGGGGCGGUGGUCAGGACAAUGGGCUAGAAGGGCUAGGUAGUGAUGGUCGAGACAUGUACAUGGAGGCAGAGGGUGGUGAUGGGUACAUGGCCCCGGAAAAUGGAUAUCUGAUGGAGGCAGCUCCCGAAUGAAGAGGCUUCCUGUGUUGUGGACAUGCUUCUGUUUCGCUGUCUGCCUUUCUAGCCUUUCCACCAUGGCUUGUCCUCUGAGGUAGAAGUUUUUUUGUUGUUUUUUGUUCUGAUCCCUUGGAUUUAAAAAUAAAAUUAAUUUCAUGAU